AUGUUGUACUUAUUUGUAACUGUUAAGCGUGAGUCUCAAAUUCUCUCUACAAUAUUAUCAGAUGUCUUAUUUGAAAUAAAUGACUAUCUUAUAUUUCAAGAUCUUUUACAACAAGCUGAUAUUGAAUAUAAAAGUGAUGAGGUAGUAAAAGUUGAAGUUCGUUGUGUGGGAAAUAAGCAGUACAAUACGGUUGCAUCUGGAGUUAAGAAUGGACCUGUUCAAUCAAGUAACUCAAACAAUUAUACAAAUGCAUUUAAUAUUAUGAUGGAGCAUUCAAUGCAGCAUUCUCUUCCUCCUCCAAAACCUGGUAAUACUAAACAAGAUAAAUUAUAUAAUGAUAUACUAAAUAUAUUACGACAAAAAAAUUGUGGAUGGUUAAAUGGAAAAGAAAUUACAAUAGAAAAGCAAUUUUUAGAAAGUCUUAAUGCUCUGCUUUGGGAGCUUGAUGAACAUCAUCAGAAACUACAAGCUUGGGUUUGUCAAAUUCCUGUAUUUGUUUUAUCCUUGCAUGGAUAUCAGGACAAUCAAUAUUAUAAGAAAGAAUCUUAUCAUAAAAAAGGAAUUUUGCAACGUUCUAAAUUAGAAUUGUUAGUAAAAGCUAUUGAAAAUUGUGUAUCUCAACCUUGGGCAACAA